AUGACGGAUGGUCUGCGAAUCAGAGUAAAGAAGCAGGCAGAUGGUAAUGUCGAGGACUCUAAUGAAUCUAACGACGGCUAUGACGAUGAUGAUAAGGCUACCCGUUUGACUUUAAUGGAACAAAUACUUCUGUUGGGUCUGAAGGAUAGAGAAGGUUAUACAUCAUUUUGGAAUGAUUGUAUCAGCAGCGGGUUGCGUGGGUGUGUUUUGGUCGAGUUGGCUAUUAGAAACAGAAUAGAGUUGGAGAAAGCUGGAGCGAGAAAGAGGGGACUUCUCACUAGAAAAGUUCUUGUGAAAGAAAAUCCUUCGGGAGAGGUUUCCGCUACUGGUGAUGUAAUUCUGGAUGAAGCACUGAAGCAUAUAAAAGAAACAAAGCCGCCAGAAAAUGUUACAAGCUGGAUCGAAUAUUUAAGUGGAGAAACGUGGAAUCCUCUGAAAUUACGCUACCAGCUGAGGAAUGUCCGUGAAAGACUUGCCAAAAAUCUUGUUGAGAAAGGCGUUUUGACAACGGAGAAGCAGAAUUUUUUGCUUUUUGACAUGACCACCCAUCCAUUGCAGAAUGGGAAUAUGAAAAAUACUCUCAUUAAGCAAGUACAAGAUGCAGUAUUGAGCAAGUGGACUAACGAUGUACAUCGAAUGGACAAACGGGUGUUAGCGCUUAUUAUCCUUGCUCAUGCUAGCGAUGUUUUGGAAAAUGCUUUUGCUCCUCUAUCGGAUCAAGACUACGAGUUGGCAAUGAAACGAGUUCGUACGUUAUUGGAGCUUGACUACGGAGCAGAAAGUGAAAGGAAAGGAUUCAACUCUUCUACUGAUGUUGUUUGGGCUGUCUUUGAAGCUUUUAGUAAGUGA